AUGGAGGUUACAGGAGGAGUUGAUGGUGUCUAUAGCCAUGAAGAACCUUUGUUGCAAAACAUUAUAACUGAUAAAUAUAUUCAAGGUAUGGUGAAUUACAAAGGAGAGAAAUUUACAAUGAAUAAUGGUGAAUUUGGUGGAUGGAAAUCAGCUUCUCGAGUGCUAGUAAUCGAUUGUGUCGACGCGUUUGUAUUUUUCGGAAUUCUAUCCAACUUGAUUAGUUAUCUCACUAAUCAGUUUGGUCAAUCUACAGCCACAGCUGCUCAAAAUGUUAAUAUCUGGGUUGGUGUCGUGUUUAUGCUUCCGUUACUUAUUGGUUUCGUAGCUGAUUCUUAUCUUGGACGAUUUCGUAUCGUUUUAGUCUCUUCUUGCUUCUGCAUAUUGCGCUUCGCCUUCUUCUUCUUUUCGUUGUAUUUGGUGGCAAUUGGUGCUGCUGGAUUUGCAACAUGUGCACCAGCUUUUGGUGCAGACCAGUUUGAUGGACAAAACCCGAACGAAAUCAAAUCCAAGAGUUCAUUUUUCAACUGGUGGCAAAUUGGAAUAUCUGUUGGAGGCACUGCUGCUAACACAAUAUUGAACUACAUUCAAGAUAAUUUGGGUUGGGGUCUCGGAUUUGGUAUUUUGUGCAUUUCAACAGCAGUGGCACUAAUUGUUUUCUUAUCUGGAAUCAAAACGUAUCGUUAUAGCGUCAUAGAUGAAGCAAGGGAAAACCCAUUAUUAGGAGUAACCGAGGUGUUAGUUGCAGAUGCAAAGAAUUGGAGGAUCACUUCAUCAUCAAACACUAGCAAAGAUGAGGCAGUGGAAGCUUUUGCCGGCAACUCAAAUGCCAAGGUUGAAGAAGCAAACUCUUUACUACGGUUAUUUCCAUUAUGGAUCAUAUGUUUGAUAUAUCCGGUGGUGAUUGCUCAAAACAUGACUUUGUUUACAAAGCAAAGCAGCACAAUGGACAGAUCAAUUGGUCUAAAGUUUCAGAUACCUGCUGCAUCACUUCAGCUUUUCAUUGGUUUAUCUAUCAUUCUCUUUGCUGCAGUAUACGACCGUCUAUUUGUUCCUCUUGCGCGAGUUUUUACUGGCAGACCAAAUGGCAUAACGAUGCUUCAGAGAAUUGGUACUGGCAUAUUUUUUACAGCAAUAUCCAUGGUGAUUGCAGCUGUAGUGGAGGAUAAAAGACUUAAAACUGCAAUAGAUUUCGGAUUACUCGAUCCACCAAAUAAAACGGUGCCAAUGAGUGUAUGGUGGUUGAUUCCGCAAUACGUAGUGUCUGGUCUUGCUAUUGCAUUCACCAGUAUUGGUUUACAAGAAUUUUUCUACGAUCAGGUACCAAAUGGAUUGAAAAGCAUGGGUCUCGCCUUGAACACUAGUGUGUUCGGUGUAGGGAAUUUCGCCAGUGGCUUUCUUAUAUCCACUGUUCAGAAGGUAACUAGCGCGGAUGGGCAAUAUGGUUGGUUCGCGGAUAAUCUCAACCGCGCACAUCUGGAUUACUUCUAUUGGCUUCUUGCAGGACUUAGCACAUUAGAGCUGUUUGCUUUCUUGUGUUAUUCAAAAACAUAUUUGUACAGAAGAGAAGCUUCAAUAUAAGAUAAGGGCAUAUGCUAAAAAAA